CGAGGACUUGCCGCAACAUUAUUGGCUCAAGUACCGAGGUGUCCCUGGGAUAGCCCCACCAAAGUCAAGAUGACUCCAUCCCACCACCAACGCUUCCUGAAGCCAACAGUUGAAGUUCUCGCUGGGUAGAGAGGUACCUAUUCAAUCGGCAACAGACACUUCGAACGGAUCACCGACCUCGAGCCCCAACUCAACACUUCUGCACUUGGCAUCGCGCACCACACCACUGGUUAGCUGACAACCCAGAGAACUUGGAGCGCCAUGGUGCCGCUACCACUCUUCAAGCUCGCGGCGCUCCUCGUGCGACAUGUUUCCAAAUACGGCGCGAACCACAUAAAACACCAGGCGCACGAACACCCGAGAUUCCGGGACUUUGCUGCGCGGUAUGGCCAGAUAAUACACCAGCUUAAUAUGCGGAUGUCGGUCGCUGUAAUACGGAACAAAGAUGCCGAGCAACGGGCGAAGGAGAAAGCCGAGGCGCCGGUGGUAAAGACGGAAGAGCAAAUUAAAAAGGAGGAGGAGCUCCGAGCCAAGUACGGAACGACGGCGCGGGCGACGAUCAAGGAGGCCAAAGAGCCCCCCGUCAGUGUUUGGAAGCGCAAGUUCAGGCCGCUCCCCGAAGGGAAAGCGGUCGACCUUUUUGCCGACGUGAUUGGCGAUGCGUUUAUCCUUGGGGUUGCGGGAGGGUUGAUAACGUACGAGUACUGGAAGGCCUCGCAGAAGCCGGAUAAGAACAAGGAGAUGAUUGAGGAACUCCAGAAUCGGAUGGAGGAAUUGAGGAUAAAAGAGGAGGAGCUGGAAGCCAGGGAGAGGGAGCAGCAAGAACGGGUGCAGCUGAUUGAGGUCGCGUUAAGAGCGUUCAAGGACCCGAAAACGAAGCAGCCCCUCCUAGCGACCCCAACGGCGGCAGCCUGAUGCCGUGGAAGCACGGAAUCCAGUAUUCACCAUUAUCCCCUUCCGAGGCCGGGCGAAAUAACCUCGUUUGAGGUGUAGCAUCGAGAAAUAUGCUGCUGUCCGAUUCAACUGUACGAGGGUGCACAGUUUUGAGAGUGACCAUGGAAUGAUGAA